UUCUGUUUUUGAAGUGAGCCUUGCUGAUCUGCAGAAUGAUGAAGCUGCAUUUAGAAAAUUCAAGCUAAUUACUGAAGAUGUUCAGGGCAAAAAAUUGCCUGACUGAUUUCCAUGGCAUGGAUCUUACCUGUGAGAAAAUGUGCUCCAUGAUCAAAAAAUGGCAGACCAUGGUUGAAGCUCACAUUGGUGUCAAGACUACCCAUGGUUAUUUGCUUCGUCUAUUCUGUGUGGGUUUUACUAAAAAAUGUAACAGUCAGAUUCGGAAGACCUCUUAUGCCCAGCACCAACAGGUCUGCCAAAUCCGGAAGAAGAUGAUGGAAACCAUGACCCAAGAGGUGAAGACAAAUGACUUGAAAGAAGUGGUCAAUAAAUUGAUUCCAGACAGCAUUGGAAAAGACAUAGAAAAGGCUUGCCAGUCUACUUAUCUGCUCUAUGAUGUCUUUGUUAGGAAAGUAAAAAUGCUGAAGAAGCCCAAGUUUGAAUUGGGAAAACUCAUGGAGUGUCACAUGGUGAAGGUAGUAGUUCUGGAAAAGCUUCUGUGGAUGAGACAGGUGCUAAAGUCGAACGAGCUGGUGGAUAUGAGCCAGUAGUACAAGAAUCUGUUUAAAAUUUACACUUUUAAUGAUGACAAAUAAAAGAUCUUAUUCGUGAAAAAAAGCAUUACUUUGCUAAAUGUUAACAUUUAAAAAGUAUAUCUAGACCAUUAAUAAUGAAUCAUACUAAUACCCUAAAAACACUUGUAGAAAAGAUUGAGAAGUCCCUUUGAAUCAACAAACAGUAUAU